UCUCCAGGGACACUUGUAGAGAGGUGAGGGGCUCAUUGGACCGAGGAGCUUAAUACAUCUGGACCGUUUCCUCAACACUCUCCAUCAAAUAACAGUCUGCCUGUGUGGGGUAGUUAACCUGCUUAAGGGCCGUAGAGAGCCAUGAAGACCACUGAACCUGAAGACAGGAUGUCUUCCAAGCGACCAGCCUCUCCAUAUGGGGGGACAGAUGGAGAAGUAACCAUGGCAACCAGCAGACAGCGAGUGGAGGAUGAGGAGAGCGAGGGACUGGGCGGUGUCAUCCACCUCCCCUUGGCCUCCUACUGCGGCAAGGUGUCCCCUCGCUCACCCCCCAAUCGAAAUUUGGACAGCCCCCCCAACAUGGAUCAGGACAGCACUAAGGGGAACUCACUGAGUCCUUACCCCCAGCACAAUGCUACCUCACCAGGCAAAGAGGAGGGUGGAGGUGGGGGUCGGCCCUCUAGCGAUGGGGGCUCGGCCACGGGCACCCUGGGAACCCCUGAGAGACGCAAGGGCAGCCUGGCAGACGUGGUGGACACACUGAAACAACGUAAGAUGGAGGAGCUGAUCAAGAACGAGCCAGAAGGUACCCCAGACAGCCUGGCGGAGAAAGAGCGCCAGCUUAUGGGCAUGAUUGGCCAGUUGAGCAGCCUGAGGGAGCAGCUCCUGGCGGCCCAUGAAGAGCAGAAGAAGCUGGCUGCCUCGCAGAUGGAACAGAGGCAGCAGAUGGAGCUGGCCAAGCAGCAGCAGGACCAGAUUGCCCGGCAACAGCAGCAGCUCCUGCAGCAACAACACAAAAUCAACCUCCUGCAGCAACAAAUCCAGCAGGUCCAGGGCCAACUCCCUCCACUGAUGAUUCCUGUCUUUCCUCCAGACCAGAGGACUCUGGCGGCUGCUGCUGCCCAGCAAGGCUUUCUCAUGCCCCCUGGCUUUAACUACAAGCCAGGCUGCAGUGACCCUUACCCUCUCCAGCUCAUCCCCACAACGAUGGCAGCAGCAGCUGCUGCAGCUGCCACACCCGGCCUUGGACCCCUUCAACUUCAGCAGUUGUAUGCAGCUCAGCUGGCGGCCAUGCAGGUUUCCCCGGGGGCCAAGCAGCAUGGAGGCAGCCUGCCACCCCAAGCUAACCUGGGCGCACACUCCCCACCCACCAACACACACCCACAGAGCGACAAGGGCCGCAGCUCCCCGCCACCAAACAAGACCAAGGACAGUGAGGGUGCACAGCCACUGAACCUGUCGGCCAAGCCUAAGGCAUCCGAGAGCAAGUCACCCAACUCCCCCCCAACUUCCCCACAGGUCCCUGCUGCUGCUGCCGCUGCUGCUGCUGCCAAGCUGGGCCCCGCCGGCUCCAUGAAGCACAGCAUUGGCCCCUCUAGCAUUGGAGGACCACAGGCCAGAGUCAGCUCAAUAGACCUGUUGUCCUCACUGACCUCGGGCGCCUACCUGAACGACCAUGAAGCCGUGACGAAGGCCUUCGCAGAGGCCCGGCAGAUGAAGGAGCAGCUGAAAAGAGAGCAACAAGUGCUGGAUGCCAAGGUGGCCGCCGUCAGCAACCUCAGCCUCAACAACGGACGCUCAGACAAGGACAAGGCUGCCUUGGAGAGUCUGAGUCAACAGCUGAAGCAGCAGGCAGAGGAGAAGUUCAACCACGCCAUGCUGGACUUCACCAUGAGCGGAGACUCUGACGGCUCCCCCAGUGUAUCAGACUCCAGAAUAUUUAGGGAGUCUCGGGGUCGUAGCACCAGCGAGCCGCACAUCAAGCGGCCGAUGAAUGCCUUCAUGGUUUGGGCCAAGGACGAAAGGAGAAAGAUUCUCCAGGCCUUCCCCGACAUGCACAACUCCAACAUCAGCAAAAUCCUCGGCUCACGCUGGAAAGCCAUGACCAACUUGGAAAAGCAGCCGUACUAUGAGGAGCAGGCCCGCCUCAGCAAGCAGCAUCUGGAAAAAUAUCCCGACUACAAGUACAAGCCACGGCCAAAACGCACCUGCCUGGUGGACGGCAAGAAGCUGCGCAUCGGCGAGUACAAGGCUAUCAUGAGGUCCCGUCGACAGGAAAUGAGACAAUACUUCAGUGUGGGGCAGCAGGGUCAGCUGCCACUGUCCUCGGCAGGCGUUGUUUACCCAGGCGCCCUCUCCAUGGCAGGAAUGCCCUCGCCUCAGAUGCCCUCAGAGCACUCCAGCAUGUCCAGCAGCCCCGAGCCAAACGCCAACCACCACCAGACCCCCAACAUGCCCGGCUUGAAGGGGGAGGAGCCACGAAUCAAGGAGGAGGAGCUACGGCUGGACGACAGCAACGGGGACGUGUACGACGACUUCGAUUACGAGGACGAAGAGGCUGAUUACGCAAGUGAUAAUGAGAACCAUAUCACCCAAUAGGACGGCAAAUGCAGCCGCAUAACUAAGCCAAUCACAGCUGGUUAAUUCCACAGACUCCCAAACCCACCGAUCAGGAAGAAAACUCUCUUUUGCCAAUCACCUUGAGUCCCCAUCUCACAAAACCCCAGCCCCCUGCCCUCUCUCGUGACUAACACAGACUCUUACCAGAGCAAACCCCUCCCACUGGAGUCCUGAUACCAGCAUCUGAUCAAUCAACUGAAGCACAGGACCUGUCACUCACACUGACUGUUACACAAACUGGAGUCUGAGAGGAAAAGACGACCAAGCCGACUCUAAAGCUUGCUGAGGAAUAUUCAAGUACUACUGCAAGAGAUUGAUCCUGAGGCGAGUGUAAUACCGCGAGUGAGGAGAAACACGAACAUACUCAAAAAGCAUCCUUUUAGACCCGUUUGUACUGAAGGAGACAUUUUAGAUGAAAGACAGAACAGUGGACCUGUCAAAGGCUAACAGAUGACACUUUAAGAUGGCGGACCUGUUUAUUAUCAAGAGACACUUUUAAAAAAAACAGCUUUUUUUUUUCUUGGUUCUAUAAUAUUCUCACUCAGGUACACGGUGCCAAUAAGUGGCUUGUGAAUGUGAUUUGUUGUUUUGUGCUACAAGUUUGAAUAAUAAUAGAAAAAAGAGACAUUUCUUUUUUCCCCUUUUGUUGUAAAGCACCUGAAAGACAUCAGACAUGUUUAUUUUUAACAAAGAUAGCUUUUCUUUGACCUCGCAGUGUGCUGUCAGCAGUCCCCACCCCCCACCCCCCUUUUUCUGUGUUUUUGUGACUGCCCGCUCCCCCAAUUAGAAUCCAAUGGGACAGUCCUACCAGGACUGAGCACAGCGUGGACUGUCCCACUUUUUAGAGAUUUUUGGGGGGAGGGAGGUGAGUCUCUCUGGCGUCGCGGAGCCCGAAAACGAAAGCACCGUGUUGUGAGACAAUCCACCAGUUUUCUUCUCGCUCCGUCCUUCUGUAUUAAUCUCGUCCGAGGCAAAACAUCAGUACGAUUUAUCUUGAAACAUCCCGCAGUGCGAGUGUGUGUCUGUGUGUGUGUGCUUUUUUAGUGGACUUUUGCAGGUCGAUGAAGGUUGUGUUUAUGUACAGAAACAAACAGGCAAGACACACAUCCACACACUCUCACAAAAAACACAACUGUUGUUAUGUCCCACAGUGUUUUUCCCUCCAAUUAACGUCGUCCUGCUGUCCCCCAGUGGGCGGAGCUGAGGUGAAGUCAGCCAGUCAGUGUUUCUGUUUGUAUUUGAAUACUGUAUUUUAUUAUUUCUCUUCAAACUGCCUCUAGUCUAAUAAUAUUAUUAACAAUAAUUAUAAGGAUGGUCAGCGUUUCCUAAGUUUAGUAAGUUAUGUACAGUAUAAUUUAUUUUUCUCCUCUUCAUUGGUUUUCAUGACCAUAUGAAGCUAUGACAGUCAAUGAAACAUUAUUCUAUUUAGCUGGUAGGUAUUUAGAUCUAAACAAAAGUUGUCAUUUUACCUUGCUUUGUUUUGCAUUUUUGUUCCCUUCUUUUUUGAUGCGUCCGUUUUGUAUUAAUCCUCCGGACGGCGGGCGGGCGGAGUUAGGACAGUGAGCUGGACUGACAGACUCGACGCAGCCUCCUCCGAGCUGAAGACAUAACCUUUUCAUGUCCGAACCCAUUUCUAAAAAGCACUCAGACUCUGUGCAGUCAGAGAAAAGAAGAACAUGAUUUUUUAUUGUUAUUAUAAUUUUAUUUGUAAUGGUUAUUAUUAUAAUGUAUAAUGUGAAGUUUUUCCUCUUUUGCUUUUUUUUAUGGAACUCAGUUUUACCAUCUUCGGAAACUGUUUUCUGUGAACAAAGAGUCCCAUCCCUGUUUACUAGUUUGGCCGUCUCACCGGAACACAGUGGAACAUUGUUGGCUCAGAUUCACUUAUACAUCCAUGCACACACACAACACUAACAUACACACACCUUAAAAAUGAAGAGAUUAUCAUGACAACCAAACAAAUCCUAUGCUGUCCUUUUGUUUCUUUAAAUGUAUUAAAACUAGAACUAUUCUAGUUAUAAAAUCCUGUAUAUAGUUUUUUGUUUUUGUGAUAGUAGUAUUUUUUUUAAUCGUAGGAAAACAGUGUUUACUGUGAUCUACCAACAGUGUUCCACUGUCCGUGUGUGAGACGGCCAGUCCUAUCUACAGUCUCUUAUUAAAGUCACUUCUUAUCAGGAGCCCUUUGCUUUGUUUUAGCUCCACAUGAUGCUACAGGAGCCAUGACUACUCUUCAGGUGUGCUGUCACAUAGUAAUCCCCCCCUCACAUUCACAAUCAUUCUUGCGAUAGGUGUUUGCUUCAUGCCACAUAUUGAGCCUCUGGGUUUUAGUUUUGCUGUAUAGUCAUCCCUGUUAUCACGCUAGGAUUCAGCCCAAUGCUGGAAAGUGGGAUCAAUCUACUUUGGGGGGGUAUCAGGAGGGUGGGGGGGUGGGGCAUUAAGACGUCAAUCAUCCCUGCUGGCAAGGUCUAUCCCCAUAUCAAGACAAUGAAAAUGAUGAUGAAGAUAUUAUUUAAGACAAUCAAGUCAUGAGUGGAGCUCAAAACAAAGUAAGAAUUAUUACAACUAAAAAAUAUCUUACCAUCUCAACUUGAAAAAAAAAAAUCAAGAAAGAUAAUUAUGUAAAUAUAACAUAGAGUUAUAGAUUUAUAUUUUGUUCAUAACACAAUGUAAUAUAAGUUGUAUAUUUCUUUUUUCUCUCCCUCUGUCUCUUUUAUUGAUGUUAUCCAUGCCACAGAAAAGCAAGAGUCGCAGUACUCUCACAAAAAAAUGAAGAAAAAUAUCAAAGAAAUAAAGAAAAACAGGAAAAAAUAAGCCGUGGGCUGCCACCACCAUCUGUUCUAAGUUCACUUUUUUUUCAGUAUUACUGCCAGACAAGGCUCUAAUAAAGACAGCAAUGUGUUCGGUAAAA